CGUGGUCGGGGGAGGGGCGGGUCCGGGGGUGGGGUCAGGGGGCGCCAGGAGGCGGAAGUUCCCGCGGGCGGUGGGGACGGCGCACGCACCGAGAGUCACUUGUCAGCGCUCCUCUGAGGCGGAGGCAACGCAGCGCCGGACCCGAGUGUCUUUCAUUUUCUGGCCUUGGACUUUGAGCCAUUAGAAUCAUGAGCAACUACAGCGUGUCCUUGGUUGGCCCAGCUCCUUGGGGUUUCCGGCUGCAAGGUGGCAAGGAUUUCAACAUGCCUCUGACAAUCUCUAGUCUAAAAGAUGGUGGCAAGGCAUCCCGGGCGAAUGUAAGAAUAGGUGAUGUGGUUCUCAGCAUUGAUGGAAUAAGUGCAAAUGGAAUGACUCAUCUGGAAGCCCAGAACAAGAUUAAGGGUUGUACAGGCUCUUUGAAUAUGACUCUGCAAAGGGCAUCUGUUAUACCCAAGCCUGAGCCAGUUUCUGUUCAAAAGCCCACAGUCACCAGCGUGUGUUCCGAGACUGCUCAGGAGCUAGCGGAGGGACAGAGAAGAGGAUCCCAGGGUGACAGUAAACAGCAAAAUGGGAAAAUCCCACCUAAACGUCCACCAAGAAAGCACAUUGUGGAGCGCAAUACAGAGUUUUAUCACAUACCCACUCACAGCGAUGCCAGCAAGAAGAGGCUGAUGGAGGACACUGAAGACUGGCGUCCACGGACCGGGACAACUCAGUCCCGCUCUUUCCGAAUCCUUGCCCAGAUCACUGGGACUGAACAUCUGAAAGAAUCUGAAACUGAUAAUACGAAGAAAGCAAAGGAAAAGAUACCCCUUCACGUCUUUAGUCCCAAAUACACAAAAUUACGUGACUGGCACCAUGAAGUUUCAGCACGUGCUCUUAACGUACAGUGAUUUAUGAGCCUUGCUCCCCAAGCAGCCAGCACAUACCUUUUCAUCCACUUUUUCUUUUUUUCUUUCUUUUUUUUCCAACUUCACUGAAAAAUUCUGUAUUAAAUUUGCUUUAGGAAAAAAUAGAUCCUUUUCUAUAAUUUUCUAAGAAUUUCCUAUUGUUAUGAGAAUAAGGAACAUGAGCGUGUUUUAGGCUAGCUGCUAGCUCACAAAUGUAAAACCAAAAAAGAAAACUGAGGGACUAGAUCUCUUCAGUGGAUUUACAUCUGUUUCCAUUAUUACUAGGAUAGUAACCUCAGUCAGAAAGGGAGUUAUUUUCGUAAGUUGAAUUUGGUUGGUUGGUUGAAGCAGAGGCAGAUGAGAAGAUAAUACCCUUGUCUAAUUCGGAAAGUACUUCCUUUAUGUUAUUACUUUUCCCAAGAUUAUUUUUAAGUUCAGUAUUAUGUAAUGUUAAAGUUGAUUGUAGUUUAUUCUGAAUAAGCACAGGAUUAAAGAGAGAAGAUGCUAUUAAAGAGUUCAUUGUAGACUUAGGUAUCUUUUAAAGCAGGUACUAUUCAGGAUGGCUAUAUGAAGAAGAGGAAGUCCAGAUUUGACUCCUGAAAAAGGAAAGAAGACAAUUUUACAGUGUUCUUUUGGUUGGUUAGAUUCAAAGAUCUUAUUUUCUACCAAAGGAAAUAUUUCUAAGUUGGCGGACAUUUUUAGGGUGUAGACAAUUUCUAGGCAUUAAUUAAUAACAGAAAAGAUAGCUUUUUUUUUUUUUUUGUAGAGACAGUCUCACCUUAUCGCCCUCGGUAGAGUGCCGUGGCGUCACACGGCUCACAGCAACCUCCAAAUCCUUGGGCUUAGGCGAUUCUCUUGCCUCAGCCUCCCGAGUAGCUGGGACUACAGGCGCCCGCCACAACGCCCGGCUACUUUUUUUUUUUUUUUUAAACCAAAGGACAGGAGCUUACGGUAAAUUGCAAUAUGUAUGAUUUUGAGACAUGAGAGAUAUUUCACUUAGCAAGAUGAACUGUGCAUUGCUGCUGUUCCUAGGAAGCUAUGUUUUAGGCAAUACAUGGAAGCUAAAUAUAUGACCAGAAAUGCUUUCUGCCUUGUAUUAUAAUGUAUUAUAUAUUAGGUGUAAGUUCAUUAAUAAAUGCAUUUUGAAGUUUGGAAAAGUAAUAAAGUUGUCUUUAACUUAGUUUUGUACUUGUUUUGUUUCCUUAAGGACAGUAACAGUGUCAUCCAGGACUUGUCAUAGUAUCACUUGGGUAAAAUAAACAAUUCUUUUGAUAUCUCAUUUGGAAAACAUUCUUAGUUUUGUGAGGUUACUUAAAUGUGAGUGAAAACAUGGCAAGAAAUCACGUUUGAUUUCUUUCCCUGAAAUUACUUUAACAUCACAUCCUGUGUGAGUAACACAUAAGAUCGAUUAGACUGUGACACAACAUAGAAUUAUUUUCUAUGUGAGAAUGAUUACUGAAGGAAUUUGCCUUUAUUCGAGGGUUCAUGUUUAUUUUUAUGGGUGUUCUUCACUUUAAUAUCAGAAUGGACUAGGAUAACUAUCUGAUUAUUUGGAGAAGUUAGAUAAAUUUCAAUUAGUAAUUGAUUACUCUUUAAAAUUUAGCCCAACAAAUGCAUUUAAAAAGUAAUUCUAGAAUUUAUCUAGAUGUGCCUUUCCCUUACACUUCAUGAUAUAGAAGAUGUCUUUCAUUUAUUACAUCAUUCUCUUUCGGAUACUGAAAGAGAGGUCUUGACUGCUUGUGCUUUUAUGAUCCUGACAUCAGUCCCUACUAGUGUCUCUGGUCUGUGUAAGAAAAUUCACUUUCUUCGACCAGGUUUUCCUAUAUCUGAUAAUUCUUUCUUGAUCUAAAAGGAUGAUGUCUAAAAGAAGAUAGAAUUAAAGUCUUAUAAAAACAAAUGGUAUUGUAGGGUAAACUUGGUAUUUUCUAUCAUGAACCCAGUUUCUAGCAUAACUACAGAAUUGAUAGAAGGAAUUCACUGGUAAGAAUUUUAGGUAAAUAAAAGAUAACAUGUAUGACUAAAAUUUGAAAUAGGUACAGCUGAAAAUAAGAAUUUAAUACCUUGCCUAAUUUAAACUAAAGUAUCAUGUCAUUGAAAGCAUAGACUUACAUAAAUGGGAUGAUGCAUACUUGAACAUGAAGACAAAUGUUCAGCCAAGAUCACAAAGGGCGAAGCCCUGUCAGAAGUUGAAUUCCUGAGUUCAGUGAAUCUCCUGAAACAUCUUAUAUUGCUAGCUUAAAAGCUAGCAAAAAAUUAUAAAAGCUUCUUGCAAAAAUAUUGUAGGUCUAGUGACUUAAUUUAUGACUUGUUUUUGUUUGUCCUAUACAGACUUUUUGUCAUAGCCUUAUUUUUAAUGUGACAUUGGGAGGUUACUCUUAAGAGUUUUCAACAUUUUUUUCUUACAAUAAUGUUUUAAGCUAGUCAGAAGCAGCAAUUUUUUUGUUACACAGUCAAAUUUAUUUCUAUUACCCUAAAAGUACCUUAUUUGUGGAAACAGAAACAUACUCAUUUUGUUCUUUAAGAAGGCUGAGAAAUAGACAUCUUCGAGGUUAUUGAACAGAAAAUACGGUAUUAGGAUACAGAAGUCCCUUCUUUUAUGUAGAAUUGUUAAAAAAUGAAUAGUGAAUUGAUUUUUUUCCUCCCAGAUAAGUAAUUUUACGAGUAUUGUAUUCCUGUUGCGUAUUUAAAAUCAUAUAAACCGUAAGUCAUUCUUUCAAUUGAAUAAUUACUGAAUACUUAGAUGUCAGGUUUUAAUCCAUGUGCUAAGAAUACAGUGGUAAAUAUACAGGUGGCCAUAAGUUUGUGUGCAAUUUAAAAGAGUAAGCAAGAUGAUCUGAGGUACUUGUGUUAUCAGGAUAUAAGCUAAAUUUAUGUAAAAGAAAUUUGUCUUAGGAAGGUGUUACUUUAGCUUAUGUGGACCUCUGAGGAAAGAACCUAAUGCCAACCCCUGGGAGGGGAAGAGGAGUCAGCAGUGCAGAGGGCAGAGGAAGCAGGUAUGGAAUGGAGAGUGCAGGUGCACAGAACAGAACCGUCUCUGGGGCUGAGAGGGAGAGGACGAGAAGCAGGAUCUAAGAACCUAUUGUUUAUGUAUAUCGACAAAUAUAUGGUAACUCAACGUUCCCAUUACUAUCCAUAGCAUUUUAAAUGGAGAAUUAUUAUAUCAUGUCUAACCACUGAGGUACAAUCAAAAAUGCAGAGGGAGGACAGUAAUGUUGCUAAGUGAAGCGUGCUCGUCUAGUCAGAGCCGGCUGAUUGUCAUGAAUGUGAUGUUUUUCUUGUUGAGACCAGUGAAGACCCAGAAAAGUGAGGUACGACUAUUGUGUAUGUUACUAGCCAGUAUGUGAGGAACAGAAACAGAAUGUCUUGUAGAGUAUACAUAAAGCCAUACCCCCAAAUCUUUGAUGUCUAAAAAUUUAAUAUAUAAUGCUCUCUUCAUAAUUUAGUGAUAAAUUUGAUGACUUAGUUCUCUCUAUAAAAUCCUGGCUGGAGGCUUGGCGCCCGUAGUUCAGUGGUUAGGGCACUGGCCACAUACACCGAGGCUGGCGGGUUUGAACCCGGCCUGGGCCUGCUAAACAACAAUGACAACUGCAACAACAACAACAACAACAACAACAACAACAAAAUAGCCGGGUGUUGUGGUGGGUGCCUGUAGUCCCAGCUACUCGGGAGGCUGAGGCAAGAGAAUCGCUUAAGCCCAAGAGUUUGAGGUUGCUGUGAGCUGUGAUGCCACUGUACUCUACCACGGGUGACAUAGUAAGACUGUCUCAAAAUAAAUAAAUAAAAUAAACAUCAUAGUAUUGGGGUUUUUGUUGUUGUUGUUAGAAGUAGUAGGAAACACGAAAUUAUAAAUUCUGGGUUUUUUUGGUUGAGAUUUGUAGCUGACAGAGUGUUUUCUGCCCCUGAGUUUCCAUUUCUUUAAAAUCUGGUUAGACUCUGUGGUAGUCACUGUGAUACCCACCCAAAUACCUCUUUUUUUGAUACCACUUGUGCUGGGAAUGUGGUGGGCAGGCAGCUUUUGUGUGUUAGCCCCUUCACAGUUACUGCAGCUGCAGACACCCCUUCCUUCAAGCCUGAUUGGUUGGAAGAAGAGAGAGGUCAAGAGGCUAGCCAUUUCGGCACAAUUAGGGAACAUUGGUGGGAGGGCCACCGGGCUCCAGAGCUGCUGUGGUUUCAGCAGAGGCCUGUUUGGCGGCUCCACAUCACCUUCUGCCCAUUCCUAUCUCCUCCCUCCCUUUCCCUUGCAAAGGCGUGGAUCUUGGAGGCACUCCCAGCAAGCAUUCUCCAUGCAAAGCUCUGUCUUGGAGUCUGCCAUCUGGACAGCCUGAUCUUCAGCAGAAUCAUAAUCUUCUAGAUCUUCAGUUGGACCUCAGUUGCACGAAUUUUCCUCAGCAUGGUGCUUUGAUUUAUUUUCUCAUUUCCUCUGUCGUGUUCACGUCUCAUCUUUUUUUCCUUGAAUCUUUAACCCAGAACACAAACACACAAUUUCAGAAAGUCUUUAGAGUAAAAGAUCAGUUAAGAGCAGCCUGAAAGGUAUAUGAAAGUCAAAAAGAAGAUGCAUUUUCUUUGCUUCAAGUAAAGAGUGUUUUUUUGUUGACUGCAUCCUAGGGCAGCCUAGGAGUAACGAACGGGCAAAGGUAUUGCAAUGUCAGAUAUAUUCAAAACUAUAUAAAUGAAGCAAUGAAAUGAGAAGCUUCAAAGUGGAACAUUAGGAUUUACUCUGAGGAAAUGUAGAGAAUACUUAAUAUAGGAAAGCAGCACUUACCAAAAUGUUAUGGCUUUGCAUAUUACAAUUUUUUAUGUGUGGAAUUGUAGAAGUAUGUGUAAUUUAAUCAGUCACUUAAUAAAUUUUGUUUCAACACUUCUGUUUUCUUUACAUCUUUUAAAGUUUACCUCUGCUUCUCUUCUGAGGGAGCUGCUGUUGCUCUGUGUAGUCUUUGGAAAUGUUUAGGAUAUAUAUGCAUAUUGCAAGAUCAGAAGAACAACCACUCAAGGCUGAAGAUACUAAAUACCUUGUAAAGUACUGAAUAAUUCUUGAAAAUGAAGAACUUAUAUCAAGCCCAAAAUGCCACUGGUGUGCUACUGAGAAUGGCUGGGUUGAGUGUAA